AUGCGUAAAUAUCUACAACAAUCUAAGUUGUCAGAGACGAUUCAUUCAAGCAGCUACAAACCUAAGAAAUACCAACGAAAGAAAAACACAAUAAACACAAAAUUGCAUGAACGUGUUGAGAAUGUUCAAAGACAUUUCGAUUUUCCUUCUCUGAUUAAGGCAAUGUCGGGUUAUGCAUAUGUAAUGGAUUAUUACAGAAAUUUCAGGAGAUUGUUGAUCGUCUAUAAAAAUAUUAUUACCACAAACCCAGUUAAAGAGCCGUCGACUGAAAUAGAUGCUAGUUUAAUUAAAAAAGAUAAUCCGCCUUUAUGGUCUAAAAAUGUUUUUCGUAGUUUCAACAACGAUGAUGAUGAUGACGACGACGAUGACUAA